UACUUAACAAUAACAGGCUCCCUGUGGUGUGUUUCAUCAUUGACGGUUAGAGGACAUUGUUUUUGUUUUCCUGCGUAAACUGCCAUUCACCCGUAAUGUCAGCAAUCCCUUCCAGUCCAAGGUCCUAUUUGCAGUUUUAUGAGCACCACGAGCAUCAUUACGAAGGCAAAGGCUAAACUGAAGACAUAAAAAUGCUGCCGAGAAAUUCUUCAGGUGCAGAUGAUCUGCUGGGAAACAGUAGUCACAGCAGGCCAGGCAAUGUGGAGCAGGUCCUUGUCCCUUUUUUUGAUGUCCUAAUCCUGGUGUUGGGGUUAGCAGGCCACAGCACAGUCAUGUUCAUCCUCUGUCGGAGGCACAGGAAGAGAGCGGGUCAGUCUGCACAGAGCUCCAUGACAGGAACGGGUACAGACGUCCUACUGCUGGCCCUCAGCUCUGCGGACUUGCUUCUUCUCGCCACGCUUCCUUUUCACACCGCCGCCAUCGCCAUGCAGCAGUGGCCAUUUGGAGACUUCCUGUGUCGCAUGGCGGGCUUUUUGGGAUCGGCCUGCUCCUCAGCCAGCGCCUUCACGCUGUCCGCCCUCGCCGUGUCACGCUACAUGACGGUGGUGCACCCUGCCACAGCUUACCGCCUCCUCUCUCCUCGCCGGGUUGCCAUGGUGGCUACGCUUCUUUGGGUACCAGCCUGCUGCCUGGCGACGCCUCAGUUUGUGUUCCGCUCAGUUGGAAUUUUGGGAACCCCUCCCGGCAGUUCCGACGGGCUUACUUGCUUCGCUUUCUUGUCGCACAAAGACCAGCUAAUUUACGGAUUGUUCCAUUUCCUUUUAGCUUUCUUGCUCCCGCUAAUCACCAUCACCAUCGCAUACGGAAACAUCUACUUGUUCCUGUGGAGGACUCAGAACGCGGGCCAGGCUCCACAAGUAGAACGCUACCAGAACAAGAGCUCAGGUGCCACCGGCACCUCGCCACGUUACGGUGCGUUCACCGUGUUCUCGCGACUCACGGCCAUUGCGUCCACCGUCCUAAACCCAAUGCUGUAUGUGCUCACGUCCCAGAAGUUCAGACAGGAUCUAUUGAGGUUGUUCAAGAAAGAAGGGCAGAGAGCCAGUGGGGGUGCGGCUACCUGAUUGAGGCCAUUAAUCACCAGAUGAUCCACAGCCCUGGGAGCUACACAGUACAACUAAUCAUUUACCAUUAAAGUCAUUGCCAAGACGAUCAUCGUUGCAAGGAAUGAGCGCUUAUAUCAUUAAAGUCACUUGAAAAGAGUGGUGAAAUAACUCAA